CACUGAUCGCUCUACAUUUUCUUGUAAAAUUGUAAAUAUAAUUGGUGAAAAAUAUAAAUUAGGAUAUAAAUUCGAUAUUAUUAAUGUUUGUUAUUCAUCAGGAGAACUUGAAUCUCUCAGAACAACUACUUACCCUAAACUUAAUGAGAUCCCAUUAUACAAGUUAUCUCUUCGAGAAGCAGCAAGGCUUCAGAGUGUGAGUUCAUUAUCAAGUACUAUUUGUAAUUGUAAAGGAUCAUAUAAUAAUUGUAAGUAUAGAUGCAAAAAAGCUGGGAGUAGUUGCACAAGCAGAUGUCAUGGUGGAAAAUCAUUUUUUAAUAAGAAAUAA